AUGAAUCUUUUUUUCUACUAUUCUAUUUUGGUAUUUUUUCUUUUUUUUUUGUCUUUAAUUUUUAUUUUAUAUAAUUUUGUUUUUCCUUUUUUUUUUAUCAUAUGGAAUUUAUAUUCACUUAUAUAUUACAUCAAGGUUUUAAUUAUUCUAUUUUUCUUUUUAUUAUUGAUUAUUAUAUUUUUUUUGUAUUUUAUAUAUAAACCGAUUUUCUUAUUCUUGAUUGAUAUUAAAAUAUUUCCAGGUAAUACACAGUGUAGUUUUGAAUUGUUGCUUUUCUAUACUUGUCAUAGCAUCUUUUGCUUACAAAAGAAAUCGAGAAUCCAAUUUGAUAUCUUUGGGUGUCGUUGUCUUCACGCCUUUCGUCCCUCCUCCUUUUUUUUUUUUUUUUUUAAAUAUUUUUUAAAUAUUUUUUUCCCUUGGUGUCAUUUCCAGUGGCAAAAUCUGACAAUAAAAGAUUAA